AUGUUCGGACUGAACAGGUUUCAACUAUUUUGUCUUGCGUACAUCACAUUUGGAUCUGCUUUCUAUGGCUACGACUCCGGCAUUACCACCUCCGUGCUCGGCUACUCGAGCUUCCUGGCCUAUUUCAACCUCAAUGCGAACACGAUCGGUGCUUUCAACUCGGCGUACUAUGCCGCAUGUGCUCUGGGCAAUCUCGCCAACUGGUACCUGCCUGACAGAUUCGGACGAAUACGAACUAUCCAGUUCGCCUGUAUCCUGAACGUCCCAGCCAUCGUGUUGCAAACCGCCGCCGUCAAUUACGGCAUGUUCGUGGCCGGCAGAGUCAUCGGCGGGAUUGCUUGUGGCAUUGUGUAUGCAUUAUGUCCAGUCUACGCCAGCGAGAUCGCACCGCCGCACAUCCGAGGCCGAAUCGGCAUGAUCUACGCCAUGAACGUCUCUCUUGGUUACGCCGUCACGGAAUGGAUCGGCCUGGGAUUCUAUUUCAUUAAAGGGGACGCCUCGUGGCGGGUCCUGUUCGGUCUCCAGGCAGUCCCUACCAUAUUGAUGGGUGUCUUCUCCUUCUGGAUGCCGCGCUCGCCGCGCUGGCUCGUCAUGAAAGGCCAUCACGAAGAAGCCAAGACGGUCCUGAAGCGCAUCCACGGCGGCUUGCACCACGACGACACCUUCUACGAACGCGAGUUCCACCAGAUCAAGGCGCAGAUCCAACUCGACCAGGACGAGCAGCUCGGGCUCAAGGACAUCUUCACGAAGCCGUCCUACCGCAAGCGGGUCCUGCUGGUCAUGAACUUCUUCCUCUUCCAGCAGCUCACGGGCAUCAUCCCCCUGCAGAACUAUCAGGUCUUCAUCUACCAGAUCUGCGGGUUCGACGCCGUCAUGUCUCUGGUGCUCGUGGGCAUCUGGGGCACCGUCGUCUGCAUCGCCGUGGCGACCAUGUCGCCGUGGUUCGACCGCAUUGGUCGCCGGGCGUCGGUCUUCUUGGCCUUCAGCUUCAUCAUCCCCGGCGCCCUGCUCAUUGUCAUCAUGUGGGCGCGAUUCGAAGCUGGUGGCAGCAAGGACCUGGGAGUUGCCAAGGGCAUUAUCUUCGGCAUGUUCUUCCUCGUGUGGGGGUACGGUGGUAUUCUCAACACUUUCGCUCCCUGUAAAAUCCCGUAUCACCAGUACUCCUCGGAGAUCAUGCCCACGUGCAUCCGCGCCGCGGGCGUGGCGUGCGGAUACGCCACGUUCAACUGCAUCGUCAUCCUGCUCGUACAGGUCACCCCGCUGGCGCUGGAGCACAUCUCGUGGAAGUACUUCCUGAUCUUCGUUGUCUGUGACUUGAUCUUCAUCGUCACCUUCUACUUCUUCUACCCGGAGACCAAGAACAAGACGCUCGAGGAAAUCGAGGCCAUCUUCGGCGACCGCAUCGCCGAGACGUUCGAGGAGGCCGGCCAGCGCUUCCAGGAAGAAAAGGAGAAGACGCACGUGGUGGAGCACAGGGAGGUAUAA